AUGUGCACCGCCGCCACGAAGCUCUCGGCUACACUCAACUUCAGCCAAGCGGACUUCGUCGAUUUCAAAAAGACCCACAGCAUUGAAGGAACGUGGGGCGUCCCGCUCAAGGUGAUCCGUCCAUUCCUCUACCACCUUGCUGGCUUUGGUCUUAAAUUUGUCCGCGCUUUGGUACUUGGUCACGGACUUGAACUUGUUGAGGUGGCCAACAAGCUCGGUGAUUGCGCGGUCGUCCGAUGGUGUUGGGAGAAGGACGACCAACGCGUGGCGGUCGAGGUCGUCUCGCCGAGCUUGUUAAUCCAGAAGUUGGUUAUGUCCUUGGGCAUGAUAGACCUCAUCUUGGGCAUGAAAGACCUCAUCUUGGGCGUGACUACGAAUAAGAAGCGGCACAUGGCACGAAACAUUCGCCAUGAGAGUGCCUGCGCAUCUCAUGGCGUCCUUGUUGAGGUGCGGCAAAUGGAAGUUGUUGCCGCCAUGGUGCUCGAGCGCAAGGCACAUGACAGCCUGCAACGUCAGGAAAACAUUCUCAAGCUUCACGACAUUGAGGACGUCGUAUGCUGCCAGUCAGGGUAG